UGUCCCGGAAGCGGAAAGAAGGCUCCUGUGGAGUGGCGCGGGGCUCUUUGCAGAAGCCUGCUCUUGCGUGGAUGGCGCGCCUGCCUCGCACCCUCCUGGUCUUCGGGGGCUUCGUGGGCCUGGUGGGGGCGGCCCUGUACCCCAUCUACUUCCGGCCCCUGAUGCACCUGGAGGACUACAAAAAGGAGCAAGCAGUAAACCGAGCUGGUAUUAUUCAAGAAGAUGUUCAACCUCCAGGAUUAAAAGUAUGGUCUGAUCCAUUUGGAAGAAAGUAAAGAUCUUUUUGAACGCCAUCUUGAGAAUGGGUAUAUUGCCCCUCUUCAGUCUGUGGAGCUUCGGGUUUUUCAGUAAAUGAAGAUAAUACUGAAGAGGGACUUCGUAUGUUGGGUUGUUCUGUUUAGUAUCAGUCUGUCUAGAGGGAGGAGCAGUUGGGUUAAAGGUAUUAUGUGUCAGUGAUCCCGUAGUAAUGUAACAAAGCUGCACUUCAUGUUUCCGUUGAACAAAUAGAAUAAUGACCUUUUUCUUCAGUAGGGAAGUUGGAGGGAAUUGUUUUGGUGAACAUAGAUGAGACAUGAUCAGGGAAUAGAUUAUGCAACUGAUAUUUCUAUACAUUUCUCUAAAUGUGCACUGAAAAAUGAAAUAUUUGUAAAAUAGAAAACGAGUACUGGAAAUCUGAAGAGCAAUGCCUCUGUAUAUCUGUAAAUUAUGCCUUGAUUCAAACAGAAAUUUGUAGUGUGUAUAAUAAUAAUAAUAAUAAUAAUAAUAAUAAUAAUAAUAAUAAUUCUCUUGUGCUGCAAAAGGAGGUUUACCUGUAAUAAUGAUUUGUGUUUGUAUACAUAUACACACACGACAGUGCAAGUCUUCAGAAUAAAGGCUUUCCUGUUUUAAAGAA